AUGGAUUUAAGUUUUUCUAACUCUUCCAGUUUCUGGAAUGCUGUAGACUUCGCCUCUAAAUACAGACAAGAAAACCCUCAAGCAUCUAAUGAGGAAAUAUUUAGCGCAUAUAACUCUCAAAAAG